CCUGCAACUGCAAGCAUUCAAGAGGACGGAACGAGAAACGGAGAUGAUAUUGAACUCUGCAGCAGCCGUGGCUAAGGUUGUUCCUUUCCGGCCUCUGUUGAAGCCGAUACGUGCCUCUUCCAAUAUCAGCACCGAACAGCUACGCGAGGAGCUCAGUCACCUUCAUUCUGAAGCAGACACCACAAGAACCAAGGCAAACAAUGCGAGAAUGAGACUUUUGAGAUUGUCUGAGGCUGCUGAGAAGCUACGGCGACAGGCUGCUAUUAGCGUACGAACAGGGAAGGAAGAUGACGCGAGAGAUCUGCUUUUCCAGAAGAAGAAGGUAAUGCAAGCGCUGGAGAAGUCAAAGAGUCGAAUCAAGCUGUUUGAUGAACUGUCAGCAAAGCUUAAUGAGGCAAUAUACAUAAAAGAGAGUCAGCUAAUCGGGAAUAUUGAUUCGGAUCUGACAAUGACCACUGAAGAUGGGUCAAGCCCUGUUCGAAUUGCCUCUUCAGAGCAGGAAGCUGCAGAAGAUUCAGAUGAAACUGAUAUUGGGUGUAAAGAUGUAAAUCUUCCAGAAGAUCAAGAUUUGCAGCCUAAUGCAGAGGAUUGUGCAAUCGUCGAUAAUGACGGAGAGCAAGAGGCCCUUACAUGCUCUGAUUUAGGGAGUGAAGAUGAAAUGGUAAACUGUUUAAAGGGAGCAUCAUCUUAUGAGGACUUCAUGGAAAACCUGGACAAACAGCUAAACAUAAUUGAAGAUGAACUCAACACCGUGCUGAGGGCGUCAACUGUUCUAUUAGAUGGUGAGGAUAAACAAAAAAAUUUAAGAGUGCAGCAAAUAGUGGAACUUCAAGAUAGCAUCCGGCUUAUCAGAAAGAGAAUCUCAAGUUUCAAGUUGGCAAAUGCGAACAUCAGGUUUUAGUUUUUACCUCACAGAACUCACGAAGUAGCUGAAGAAGGUGUUGAACUUUCCAGUGGUGUGGCCAUGGCAGAAACUCCGUCAUCCAAUUCCAAUCUAAGGCGGGGCCACCAUCCACCCAAAAAAAGAAGUCAUCAUACACAUGGGCCAUCGGUAUUGUUACUUUCUAAUCCGUCUAUAGUGCAAACAGCAGGCUUAGGAUUCACUUUUAGACUGUCCACUUUAUAAUCAUUUUCACAUUCACCAUUUUUUGUUUGGAAACUUUUGGCCUGGACUGGACCUGAAUUGAGGACUUCCAUUCAAAAUGUGCGGUGCUUCUUCUACACGGGUUCUGUUUACAAUAUUCAUGCUCUGGUUGGAUCUUAAGAUUAUUCAUAUCCUUAAGAGCUUUCUUUAGUUAAUGUUUGGGAUUUGGGCUGCUUUGAGUGUAUCAAAGGCAGUUUUAUACAUAUGUAUAUGAACAUUCUUGUCAGGAUUGAUGAUCUUCUAACUGAAUUUCCUUCAACUACCUUGGACUUGUUGUAUAUUUGGCAAGGGAUAGUUAGUCGAAAGAUUCUGUGGUGACCCACUGUCCUCCAAAUUAGGAUUUCCCAUUAAUCAACUGCGCUGUAGUUAGUCAAGAUUGUGGGAUCAGAAGGAAAUAAUUAGGCAGGAAAAAGAUUAUCCCAUUUUUAAUGGAUCCAUGCUGGAGUGGCCAGAAAGGAGAAGGGAAAAGAAAACAUAUCAUUACCAUCAUUACAACAACAAUUAUCAGUAAGCAGCCCACAUUAAAGAACUAAAUUUCAAUCAUAUCUUUCUUUUUGUUAACUAUCCUCGGGCUUCCCCCAUUUCCCUCUCUUUUCCUUCCUCUGUUUGUCAUUUGCUCGCCCCCUACACCCUAUGUCUACUCUCUCUCUCUCUCCACCCAAAGAAAAAGGGAGCACUUGGUACUUUCGAAAUGGAUAUUUUACAGGACAAGGAGUGUAAAGUCUUCAACUUUCGGACAAGGUAAUGAUGCCACUCAACAAUAUCAUAUCAUCUUUUCAUGCCCAACUCUCUAUAUUUAAACCAGGACAAAAGUAGGAAACUCUAGUAAUUAAGGAACUAACGCCUACAAGUGGGAGGAUGAGGAACAGCCCGAUCAUUAGAGGAAGAACAGGAGGACUGACCCAGGAAUGGCUCAUACAAAGCCUCAUAUUCCUCAUUCUUGCUCAUUUUCUCUGUCCAGGACACACAAGAGAGCUGAACCAUGAGAAUCAGAAAUUCAGUUCCCCAGUUUCCACCACUCAAAGGGAUAUCACCACCCCUAUAACAACUGUUCCCACAAUAAUCCUGUCCAAUCCCACUGCAUCAACUCCAUUUCUCAAUCCAACUUCAACCUCGGACACAUAUUCUCCGACCAUGGAAUCUCCCAAAAGAUCAUCUCCACCGUUGUCAGGGGCAAGUUGGUGCAUUGCUAGUCAAAGUGCAUCACAAACGGCAUUGCAAGUUGCUCUAGACUACGCAUGUGGCCAUGGUGGUACUGAUUGUUCAGCAAUUCAAACUGGUCAGAGAUGUUACAACCCAAACACCAUUCAUAAUCAUGCCUCCUACGCAUUUAAUAGCUACUAUCAGAAGAAUCCCGUUCCAAAUAGCUGUAACUUUGGUGGGACUGCUGUCAUUACUAGCACUGACCCAAGUACAAUGGCAUGUCAGUAUACAUCCACUAGCACAAGUUCAUCAAUUCUAAACACCACAAAUUCCAAAGGAUCAGCAGUGUUUGGAGGUGUACCCUCAAGCCCCUCUCCUUCAGCAGCAACUUGUCAAGCAAUAAAUGUUGUGCAACAAUUGUUGUUGGUGACCAUGGUUUCUCUCAGAUUACUAUACAGCAACAACAAUCCUCGUGACUGAUUGGUAACCACAAAACUAACUUACCCAAUUGAAGUUGGUUGAAAGAUGAGUUGGAUCAAGGAAGAACAGACAUAUCUGGGCCAUGUGUUUUCUAGUCUAUUUGCUCAUAAGUUAGUAGAGAAGAAUUUGAAUGUUGUGUUGGAUGUGUAGAGCAUAUGCACAUGUCUGCUACUUAAAAAAGGAUGAAACCCUUUUUUUGUUGAUGUGAGAUCUGUCUGGUUUUUUAUUGCAGAGCAUCUUCUUAUGACAUUGUAGAAAAACAAGUAGCAGCAGCAACCAUACAUCAAUCCAUUCUCCUUCUUCUUGUUUCCAUUC